GAGAUCAUGUCUUGAAACAUAUGAGAAAGUUAUGGAACAAUUGGAGAGGAUCGAUGCACAAGAACAUAAAGUCUAAGCCAUUCCGCGAUGCUUUAAGAGAGGUACCAGAGGGGGUAGACGAGAGUGAUUGGAAAUGGCUGGUCAAAGAGCAUUUUUUAACUGAAAAAUUUAAGGAAACAAGUACAAGAAACUCGAUCAAUAGAUCUAAGUUGACAAUGCCUCAUCGUACGGGUAGUAAGCCUAUUCGAGAGAUCAUGUAUGAAUUGGGAGGCAAAGAUGGAAACCCCCCAGAUAUGGCAACUAUCUUUUUUGAGACUCGAAGAAGGACGACAAGCUUGUCGAACCUGAAACCAAUGAAAAAUAUGCUAAAAUUCAAGAACUGGUGCAAUCUGAAUCGUCUCUUACAAACAUUGAGGUCAUAGAAAGGUGCUUCGGACCUCAACGCAAGAGUCAUGUAGUUGGAUUUGGUGGUGGAAUUACUGCUAAGGAGUUAAAAGGUGGUAACUCCUCCAAGGCUGCAUUGUUGGAAAAGCUGAGUGCUACUGAAAAAGAAAAUGAAUCACUAAAAGGACGCAUAGAAGGGCUAGAGAGUAAAUGCGAAGUUCUAGACAGUAAAUAUGCACAACUUGCAAGUGCAGUGUUUAACCAGGCUUCAUCAUCAUCUUCAAGUGAACAAUAGAUUGAAGCAUUUAACAGAUCAAAAACUUGGAAGUCUGAAGAACCUAUUGUUGAAGAAAGUGCACAUCAAGUUGAAGAACAAGAGAAUUUUGUUAUGUUAGGGAUGGUUUGAAGGCACUGCCUUAUGUACAUAUGCUGCAGUUUUAUUUUUUCUCUUUUUAGGAAUUGUUAAAAAUGAUGUUAUACUAUUUGGAUUGCUUUCUGGUAAUGUGGUGAUGUUAUACUAUUUGAAUUUCUUUCUGGUAAUCAAUGUAAUGCUUAGAUCUUUGUAUUAACAGAAUAUCAAUCAUU